AUGAACAAAUCAGAGAAAACCUGUUUCUUUUUUGAAGAAAAGUACAUUAAUCUGACUCUCGCCGACUCCGAAGAAGUUUUCAUCGCCAGUAUACUGACUUGUUCUUUCGAUUUUUCAUUUUCUGUGCUAACAUGUGCGGGAAAUUUCCUGAUUGUAGUUGCUAUUGCAAAAAGCGAACAUCUUCGUUCACCUUCUUUCAUUCUUCUUGGUUGUUUGGCAGCUACGGAUCUCUUUGUUGGUUUUGUGUGCCAGCCGAUCUCUGCGGCUCGUAAAAUAGCCGAACUUAGAGAAAAUGUAACCGCGUUUUGCACAUUAAAAAUGCUCCACUUCGUAUCAGGUUGGAUAACAUCUGGAAUUUCUUUGUUUACUUUAGCUGCAGUGUCUGUUGAUAGAGUUCUCUGCCUAAUCCUUCACUUACGAUACAAAGCGAUUGUAACAGUUCCUCGCACUUGGAUAGCCACCUCUGUUUUAUGGAUGUUUUUCAUUGCAUUCGUCGUUGUAAGGUUCUGGAUGAGCAAUGUAUGGGAUCUUAUCGUGAUGGCCGUAAUGUUUCUAGUAUUUCUUGUCAUAACAACCAGUACCAUAAAAAUAUUUCAGAUUGUACGAAGACAUCAACGGCAGAUAUGGGUGCACCAUGUUCGAGCCAACACAGCUGCCAACACAGCUGCCAACACAGUGAACGUAUUGAAGUGCAAAAAAUCAGCUGUGACAGUCCUUUAUAUUUAUGGUUUGUUUUUAAUUGUCUAUCUGCCAUUCUUUGUAGAAUUAAUCAUUGACGUAUUUAUUGGAUACACAAGAACAGUGAAGAUUGCAUAUUAUUAUGCUGUAACUUUCAUUUUUAUCAACUCUUGUUUGAAUCCGUUUGUUUAUUGCUGGAGAAUCAGAGAAAUAAGGCGAGCCGUGAAGAAUAUCUUGACAAGAAGAUAA